CUACACGGAGCGUGGAAUGUCAAUGUGGAACUGCUAUAAGGCUACCUAUCUUUAAUUAGCAGAUUUUAUCUUUUAACUUGAACAAAACGAUGCUUUAAAGAUAUUUGCCUGUGCCGUGGGACAGUAUUUGGGUUACAACUGCGUGAGCAAGUGCUUUCAGCACCAGGAGCACGAUGGAGGCUAGUUCUGAGUCUGACACAAUUCCAUCUCACACAGCCACUCUUGCUGGAUCACAACCUCUCUAUUCCCCGCAGACCUCCUCCAAUGGUCACAUCCUACUCCCUCUCUCCCCUCUUUCCUUUCCCCCAUCCCCCUCUUCCCUUUCUCCCACGACCCUAGAAUCCACCCAGUCCUCCCCUCUCUCUAACUCAUUCUCCCACUGCUCAGAUGAACACAAUGCACACUGCCAUAGCUCCGCCUACUCAUCAGACCAGGACGACCUCACCUGUCUGAGCUGGCUGCAUCAGAGGGGAAGCAACCUGCUCCCCCUCCAGCCGCUGCCCAAGAUCAGCCUGCUCUCAAAACAGCCGGAGACGCCUCGGGCCUUGUCGGCUGAAUCUCUCUCCCCCACCUUGAACAAGCCCCCCUACUCGUUCAGCAGUCUGAUCUUCAUGGCGAUAGAAGACUCGCCCAACAAGUUGCUCCCGGUGAAAGGGAUCUACGAGUGGAUCGUCAACAGCUUUCCGUACUACGGGACCGCCGCCGGAGGCUGGCGGAACUCUGUCCGCCACAAUCUGUCUCUGAGCAAGAGCUUCCGGAGGAUUCAGCGGGACAAAAGCCAGUCAGUAGGGAAGGGGUCUCUGUGGUGCGUGUGUCCAGAGUACCGAGCCGCCCUGCUGGAGGUGUUGAAGAAGACCCAUCACUACCACAGCACCAACAGCAAUCUGCUCAGCGUGCCGGGCCUGUUGGAAGGAGCUGACUAUGGGACUUCUAUGGUGUGCGAUUCUGUGGACAUUUCUGAUUCCCUCUCCCAGUCCCUCCUCCUGUCCGCCCCGUCGUCCCACAUCCUGACCUCCGACAACCCGACGCUCUUUGAGAACUCCUCCGGCGCUCUGACCCCCGACCACGAGGAGCUGGUCACCAUGGAGUCUGUGGAGGAGGAGGAGGAGGAGGAGGAGGAGGAGGAGGGCAGCGGGGAGAUGGAGAAGGACCCCCUGUCCGACAGCGGCUACAUCGAGCUCCACUACUACCAGUGCCACCAGUACCAGUACCUGGUGCUGCCCGGGGAGGCCGAGCUGGACCUGGAGUCGGUGGAGAUCCUCCAGCUGGACGCAGAGGCCCAGGAAGCAGCCGGGUCCCUGCUGGACCUGGCUGGUGGCUGGCACCAAUGCCUUUAACGACACACAGCUACACGGCAGACAUUGUCCAACGCAAUGAAAAAAGGGUUUUGAUUCUCCUGUGUUUCCCAGAUGCAGCAUCGGUGGUGAUUGUAAAACAUUCUGCCAGCUUUAUGUGUUCAUUUGACUACUGCCUUGUGGUUUGUACCUUGGUACGAGCCUAUGUAUAAUAUCAAUUAGCUUGUAUCUGAUGCACUCAUGAUGACACUAUAGAUCACAUGGCAUCAUCAUGUAUUCCCUCUGCUAUUGAAGUCAGAGGCACUUACAGGGGUGAGGUGCUGAUUUUUUUUCUAGAACCCCCCCCCCCCCAAAAAAGGGUGAUCAGAGAUAAUGUAAUAUUUAACGCCAGAAGAGCAGGUUCAAAUAUAGCUCUCCAAGUUCAAACCAAUAAGUGUUGAUCUUCCUACUUAAAUUUUAACAAAUAUGGGAUGUUGAAAUGAAAAAGUUACUAGUUACUAACUUUAAAUCAUUAAUUUGUUGCUGAAAAGAUGGAAAAACAUAAUCAACUAAUCAUUAUUAUGUGUGUGUCCAUUUUAUUAAUCAGGUUUAUUUGUUUUUAAAUUGUAAUGACCAUUCACUGCCAUUUAUUGCCACUCCCAAAUGCAGAGUUCAUCAGAUUUUCUUUCUGAAAGCUUAAGAGUUGUCUCCAAAGUCAACAACUAAGCCUCAUCAUCUUUGUGUAUGUUCAUAGGGAAAUUAUGGUUAGUUCAGUUGUCUUUUGCUGGUUGAAA